UCCGUCCUUCCCCGAUGAAGUCAUACAUUGAUUACGGCAACACAACCCGCCGCUCCUAUUGGUCCAAUCAGCUGCCAAUCACGCGCAGCAUUGCAUCACCUAUCUGUGAUUGGUCGAGCGCCCCCUACGGUGCCGCCCACUCGCCGCUGAUUGGCUGAUGCGGGACAUUGCCGUACAUGGUAAAAGAUAUUUCGCAAUCGACUGCUGUCCAUGUUCCAAACAAAAACACUCCGAGCUCACGGCGACGGAAUUAAAGUCCAACUUUCUACCGUAACUUUUCUGACGUUGACGGAUGGUUGAGUCCCCCGCCGCCCUGUGAAGGCCCCGCCCCCUGGAGGACCGUGCUACCUGUUCACCUGAGGACGCUCUGGUCGGAUUCUCUCCUGCAGGCAUCACAUCCAAAUGAGCCGGCCGCCGCAGCCGAAACCCACCACAUCUGACCAGAACGGCGUGAGCGUCAUCCAGAGCCAGGCCCACGCCUCCUCCUCCUCCUCCUCCUCCUCCUCCUCCAUACCGACUCCCUUAGCCGGACUGCAGCAGGUCCCCCAGCUCGCCCCCCAACUCGUCCCUCAGAUCGUCCCCCAGCUCGUCCCCCAGCUCGUCCCCGCUAACCCUUCCAGCGGAGGAGGCAAAGCUCCCCCCCCCAGCAAGAUGAAGAAGCCCCAGACGGACAAGGACAGCGAGGAGUACCGGCAGCGCCGCGAGCGCAACAACCUGGCGGUGAAGAAGAGCCGCAUGCGCAGCAAACAGAAGGCGAUGGACACGCAGCAGCGCGUCAACGAGCUGAAGGAGGAGAACGAGCGUCUGGAGGCCAAGAUCAAGCUGCUGAGCAAAGAGCUGAGCGUCCUCAAAGACCUCUUCCUGGAGCACGCCCACAACCUGGCCGACAACGUGCAGCCGCCCCCCGCCACCACCGAGGCCUCCAGCCCCACCCCCAAUGCCACCUCCGCCAAUGGGCAGUGACCUGGGAGGGGGUGGAGCCACGGGGACUUUUGUGGAAACGAGGCCUCGCGUUUCUUCUUCACCUGAGAUCAAACUGGACUGAGCGUCUGCAACGACCCCCCCCCCCAGUGUAAAGGAUGUAAAGCAGAGGUCCUGGUCCUGGUCCUGGUUCUGGUCCUGGUCCUGGUCCCGACCCUAACUCAGUGUGUUAACUAGUAAGACUCCUGAACGCGUUUCUUCUUCACUGCUUUUCUUUAUUUAAUCCGUCUAUGUGCCCACCCCCAAACAUGGCGUCCCACAAUCCACCUGGAAUCAGGAAGCAUCGGCUGGAGAGACUUUAAAGUCGGACCGGAAGCUUUACCACUGAUUAAUUGAUGAAUGAAUUAAUUGAGGGGACGAGGGGACGAUGUGAACUCUGGAAACCUCUGGAGACAGCCUCUAAACAAAGAUGGCCGCCGCAGGAUGUAAAUGUUUAAAUUUGUUUUGAGAACUGACCAGCUGCUUCUACACGUUU